AUGGCCGCACAGGAGCAGCAGCGUGUGCGCAACAUUAACACAUUCGAGACUAACCGUCUCGCACCAAUCCAAUCCAUCUCCCAAUUCACCCCGCCCCCAUCUGAGGGAGACGUCCGCUCAGAAGUGACCCUCCCACCCAUCAGCCAAGCAACCAACCCCUGUGCCAAUGGGCCAGGCACCUGCGCCCAGUGUCAAGCCGACCCCCGAAGCACUCUUUUUUGCAAGACGUUGGCAGCCUCCCGGUCAGCGAGCGGAACUCCAUCGGGAGGAGGCUGCUGCGGAGGCGGAGGAAAGGACGGCGGAUGCUGCAUGUCAAGAAAUGCCCCCGCCGCCGCGCCCAAGCCGCGUAACAACGCCUCCAUGCCUUCGCAACCUCCCGCACCCAAGCCCGCUCCGCCCUCAGAGCUAACCCUGAGCUGUGCCGAUACAUUCACCACCCUGUCUCGUCACCCGAACUUCAACCGUGCCAGCGACGAGAUCUCAACCUGGCUGCCGAAGCUCCACACCCUCCCUGACCCCCGUGAGAUCGCUCCCGCAGACAGCCGAGGUGCUCUGGAGGUCGAGGCCGCGAGCGUCAUGGGCGUGUUGCGAUACUUCGAUCGUCGCUUCGCUGAAAAAUAA